AAGUGAAGGUGAUGGACUUGAAAUUGGAGAAAAAUCUGUUUUCUUCAUUGGAAGUAAAAAUGGGGGAAAGACUACUAUUAUUCUAAGGUGUCUUGACAGGGAUGAGCCACCAAAACCAACCUUAGCUUUGGAAUAUACAUACGGAAGAAGAGCAAAAGGGCAUAAUAUACCAAAAGACAUUGCUCACUUUUGGGAACUAGGUGGAGGAACCUCCUUAUUGGACUUAAUCAGCAUACCAAUCACAAGUGAUACCUUACGGACAUUUUCUAUUGUUCUUGUUUUGGAUCUUUCAAAACCUAAUGACCUUUGGCCCACUAUGGAAAAUCUGUUGCAAGCCACAAAAAGCCAUGUAGAUAAAAUGAUAAUGAAACUGGGGAAGACAAAUUCUAAAGCAGCGUCUGAAAUGAGACAGAAGAUACGGAGUAAUAUGCAGAAGGACCAUCCAGAUUUUGACUCUGAGAAGAGAAAGGUUAUAUGCAAGACCCUUCGAUUUGUUGCACAUUAUUAUGGAGCAUCAUUAAUGUUUACCAGUAAAUCAGAAGCUCUAUUACUAAAAAUACAUGGAGUUAUCAACCAGUUAGCAUUUGGUAUUGACAAAAGCAAAUCAAUAUGUGUGGAUCAGAAUAAACCACUGUUUAUCACAGCAGGAUUGGAUUCUUUAAGUCAAAUAGGAUCUCCUCCUGUUCCUGAUAAUGACAAUGGAAAGCUUCAUGCCCAUUCACCAAUGGAGUUGUGGAAGAAAGUGUAUGAAAGGGUCUUUCCACCAAAGAGUAUCAACAUGCUAAAAGAUAUCAAGGACCCUGCAAGAGACCCUCAGUAUGCUGAAAGUGAAGUUGACGAAAUGAGAAUUCAGAAGGAUCAGAAUUAUUGAAGGGGCACCUGGCUGGC